AUGUCGAACCAAAACUAUCAGAACAACCCAAACAGUCAAAACGAUCGAACGCCACGCUCGUCUACGUAUGAAGACGACAAUGCCCUUAAGAGUGCGUUUCAAAAUGCUAGGCAAGGUAUGCAAGCCACGGGUACACCAUCUGAUUCUUCUCAUCGAAGCCACACCCAUUACAAUCAUUGCUUUCCUCAAGGUAGCCUCACCAAGAACAGGGACCAACAAAAACAGAGUAUCAAGAGUUUUUGUGCUCCGCGAACCAGUGGAAAGAAUCCAAAAGGCAUACAUGAGCCAAAAAACGGUCAAAAUUCUUCUCCGGCUCAACAAGCUUCUGGUAGUUCUGGCGCAGCAGCAAGCACCGGCGGAGCAUCGACUAAUUCGAACAUAAAAUUGCAAAAUCCGAAAACCACUGCAUGGGAUAGCCAAAAUCACCAGAACGGAGGAACAAGCAACGUAAUCAGAAGGCAGGUUGAAUUGAAUGCCUUACCAUUGAGAGAGAAAGAGGGUUUCAUUGCAUGA